CAAAAUUUGUCUCUAAUCUCGUUAAUUAAUUUCGGAACUAGCACUCGAACGAACACCAGCUUUUGAAAGCCUUAAAAAAUCACAGUUUUGGUUUCAAGAGGACCAAUAUUCCAACUACAACAAAAGAAAAUGAGUCUCAACGUACCCUUUUCAUGGGAGCUCAAACCCGGCGUCUCAAAACUGACAAGUGAAGAAACCAGCAUCGGUGUUAGAUAUGCCACGCUAGAUUUACCCCCUCCUCCUCACCUAUCGAAGAAUGCCCUGUUUUGCGUCAAUGAUUUGCAGGGUGUUCUUCGACCUCCGCCCAUAAGUCCAGUAAGGAAGGGUGAUGUCAACAAGAAGGAAGACUGUUUCGUGGCAGCUCAUAGGAAAUGCACCAUGUGUUCCAUGAAUGGGAAGUUGGGUACGGAUGGAGAAAACGAUACAUGCAGGACUAGGACUAUAAAGGACAUCUUCACUAGCUCAUGGUACCGCUGCGGGUUCUUCUUUGGCAACGGGUCAAAAAGGGGAUCUCGUCUGGUUCCACUACAUCAAAUACCACAGCACCUGACUCAUCAGAAGAGCUUCCGCCACCAAUCAAACCAGAAUGAAAAAUGGAUAUGUCCCUAUGAGCGACUACGCCGAUCUUUAUAUGUUUUGGCCACGCCCGUUUCCGCUCCGAAGAGGAAGGUUUGGAUCUUUCAAUCUUAUGUCGUGAGGGAUGUGACCUAUGUUAGGUCCAUAAGAGACCACAGCUUUUAGUGUUCGUUUCCAUCUCGGAAUCCGAUCGACGCCGCCCCCUCAAAUUCCGCCAGAAAGCUCCACCCUGAGAAAUGGGCAAAGACAAGAAAAGAUCACAUUCCCAGCGCUCCUCUUCGCCCCCUAAACCCCCAAAUUUCCCUUCAUACCAAACCGCCCCUAACCUCAACCCCAAAGUCAGACUCCUCUGCGAAAUUAUUUCCACCACCCCUUCCCCCGCCGUCGAAACCCUUCUUCAAGACACCGGCCUCCGUAUCACCCAGGUCGACGUCGAAAACGUCCUCAAAUUCUCCUACUCCUUCCCUUCCCAAGCCGUCAAGUUCUUCCGUUGGUCUGGCCACCAACUCCAACACCACCAUUCGCCUUAUUCCUGGAACCUCGUCGUAGACUUGUUGGGUAAGAACGGUCUCUUUGAUGCUAUGUGGGACGCCGUUAAGUCCAUGAAAAAUGAAGGGUUAGUUUCUUUGGCUACUUUCGCUUCCGUUUUUAGUAGUUAUGUUAGUUUUGAUAAAGUUAAGGAAGCUGUUUUGACUUUCGAAGUUAUGGACCAGUACGGCUGUGUUAGGGAUAUCGUUGCUUUGAAUACUUUGAUUAGUGCUAUUUGUAGGGAAGGUAAAACCAUUGAUGGUUUGGAGUUUCUAAGCGUAGCUAAAUCUAGGAUUAGGCCGGAUUUGGAUAGUUAUGCUAUCUUGCUAGAAGGGUGGGAGAAAGAAGGGAAUGCUAGUUUGGCUAAAACUACUUUCGAUGAGAUGGUUGCUGAAGUAGGGUGGGAUCCCGGUAAUGUACCGGCUUAUGAUUCGUUUUUGAGUACUUUGAUUAAGGGGAAGGAUGGGGUUAAUGAGGCUUUGAAAUAUAUUGAUAUACUGCACCAGAGGAAGUGUUAUCCGGGGAUCAAGUUUUUUAGGGAUGUACUUGAGGAUUUUCAGAAAGUCGGUAAUGUUAGGGGAGCUGAGUUGAUUUGGAAGGCAAUGGUGGAGAAAGUUGGGAUUAGGCCGGAUACAGAGAUGUAUAAUUUGAUGAUCGAGUUGUACUGUUCCAAGAAUUAUACAGAUACAGCGAAGAAGAUGUUGGAUGAAAUGGUUUUCGCUGGGGCAUUUCCAGAUAUGCAAUCAUAUAACUUGCUAUUUCAUUUCCUGAUCAAGAAUAGGAAGUUGAAGGAUGCUUCAGUGCUGUUCAACGAGAUGGUUAAAAAUGAGUUUUUCCCAAGUAAAACAGAUUGCAUUGCGGCGGUUAAGAUUUUUCUUGACAUUGGGGACCCUUAUGUGGCUGUAAAAGUUUGGAAAUUCAUGAUAGAGAAUUAUGAUUCUGAUUUGGAUGAGACUGGAAAUCUGCUGAUUAAUGGGCUUCGUGAUGCAAACAUGCUUCCUGAGGCAGUUAAGUAUGCUGAGGAUAUGAUUGAGAAAGGAAUCAAGGUCACCUCAGCCACAUUGUCAAGGCUGAAACACAGCCUUAGCCGAGAAAAAAAGGAUGGGGUAUAUGAAGAACUUUUAAGAAAAUGGAAAUCCUCUUAGGCGGAUUGAAAGUGCUUGAAUUCUACAUACCCUCUUUCUGAAAGGUAAACCUUUAAGAUGAAAGGUUGUUGCUGUUCCUGGAGGGAGCUCUCCAAGUUGCUUCAAUGGCUUGUAUGAUCUGGCCUCAGUAGCCAUUUGAGCAAGUGUUUAGGCUCAAGGGUUGCAGAGUUGAAAACAAAGCUCAAUGAAGAAGAAAAUAUACAGAAGAUGUGAGGGUGCAAACAGGAAAAACAGACAGGGUAUUCAAGAUUAUAGAAGGGAGAGAAUUGGAAGAGACAUAAUCCAAACUAUCUCAAGGUUGUAUGUAGCUUAAACUGCCGAGAUACAUUACAAGAGUUGCCAUGUUUUUGGCUGUUAGGUGAUGUAAUAAUCGUUUAUAAUCAAGGCAUCUUUUUUCCUUUCA